CAUGUUUUGUUGUGUACGCAUAAUGUAAAAGUGCUAUGAUUUCCAAAUAUCACAUGGUUUAUGCCUUUUCCAUGUUUUCGUAUUGUGGUUCGAACAUAUUAACCACAUACUUGGAAAGUAUAAUGCAACACUUAGUCUGAAUAUAUACCAUACGAUGAAUGACAACGAUGGAAGUGUUAAGAGUAUACGUGAAAAUAAUGCAGAUGGUGAUCAGAAAGCAUACAGUGGCAGGCGUUGGAUGAUAGUAUUCUCAGCUUUUGUCAUUAAUAUAAUAGUUGACGGAUGUCUGUUUUCUUUCGGUGUAAUCUAUGUACAGUUCCUUGAAGAAUUUAAAGAAACAAGGAGUAACACCGCUUGGAUAGGUUCCAUGUUAGAUUCAGCUCCCAUGUUAUUUGGUCCAGUUGCUAGUAUGAUCACUAAACGCAUUGGGUUUAGAAAAGCAACAAUAUUUGGUGGAUUAAUAGGCUUCUCUGGAUUUAUAGCCAGUACUUUUGUCAAUUCUAUUGAGGCCUUGUGUUUAACUUUUGGGCUAAUAGCUGGCUUCGGGAUAUCGAUACCUUACCUUAAUUCAAUUGUAGUCGUAACGGCUUAUUUUGAAAAGAAGAGAACGAUCGCUACAGGAUUUUCGCAGAGUGGUGCCGGACUUGGAACUCUCAUAUUUGCUCCACUUUACGAAUUCCUUAUAGAACAAUACGGUUGGCGUGGAGCUCUUACCAUAAUUAGUGGUAUUUUAUUGCAAACAAUACCAUGCGGUGCUAUUUUCAGAAAUGUCAAUGCAUUUGUUGAAAUAGAAGAUAUAAAAGAUGAAAUCAUCAUCGAAAAAACAUUAGAAAAUAACAUCGUGAUAGAAAAAGAAAACCCUGAAUCCACAGAUGUAACGGACAAAUUCAUUGAGAAUUCUAGUACCAGAAAUUCGCGAUCGGAUACUGAAAUACAAGAAGGCGUUUCAAUAUCUAGAAAGAUUUACAAUACUAUUCUGCGUAAAUUUUCAAUGCUAAAAGACAUUAAUUUCCUUCUGUUUACAUGUUCCUUGUUUAUUGUUUACUUUUGGUAUGAUCUACCGUAUAAUUUUACAGUUGACCGAAUGCAAGGUUUUGGGUUUUCUACAAAGAAAGGUUCAUAUAUAGUAGCUGUGAUCGGUGCUUCUCAUAUUGUUGGUAAUAUACUGUUUGGUUUUCUGGGAAGCCGAAAUGAAAAAUUUAGGUUUUAUCUUUAUUGUGGAAGUUUAUGUAUCUGGGGCGUAAAUAUAUGUGCAAUUCCAUCAUUUAGAGAUUACAUUCCAAACAUGAUUUUAGCAGGAACAUUUGGAUUAAUAUCUGCAUGCCAGGAGGCUAUACAUGCAGUAAUAAUAAUUGAUAUUCUUGGUGAAGAUAAAAUUACAGAUGCCUAUGGCCUUUUGAUGUUUUUUGAAGGUAUUGCUAACUUAACUGGUCCUCCAUUUGCUGGCUGGCUGUACGAUAUCUCUGGUAGUUAUGACAACACUUACAUCUCAGGCGGAAGCUGUAUAUGUUUUGCUGGAAUAAUGGUUUUGGUAACACGGAUUUGUGUUACAAAAACCAAGAAUGCAAAUUUGGCUGAAAAUGACAUCUAAGACGUUUCAAAAUUCAAUUGUAUUUUAUCUUGAAAGAAUCGAUUUGCAGUAUUGGUUUAUUUUUUAAAUGAAAAUAUAGAUAUUGAAUAUCAACGCUUUUGACAUUCAACGUUUUUGACAAAUUCAUGAAAAUCUUUAAGAAAUGUUAAGUCUAGAUGUUUUCUUUUUCUCGUAAGAAAACAAAUGGACACGUACGAAGUCACCUUGGUUGUGUUUGUUAUAAAUUGAUGUUUUUAUAAGUAAUAUGCGAUAUUUGGCGUUGAUUGGAGAUCUUUGAUUUUCGUUAAGUUUAUUCACAAUUUUUCUAACCUCAGGAGAGUUUUUAAGUUUUGCAUAUUGUAUUGAAAACAUUUUACUGUAUUGUUAAAUAAUCAAGACCAUGUGUUUGCCUCCAGAUGUCUUUUGAGUUGCGUUAAUGUGUCAUUGAUACAAGAUUUCGAUUAAUUCAAAACACGUAAAAAUUGAACAAUUGAAAAUAUUUUUUUUAACAAUGCCAUUCAGAUUUUUUUUUUCAAAUGCCAUUCACAUUUUAGCAACUAAUGUCCCUUAUAAAUAUUUUGCACCUUCAGAAAGAUAAAUCAUUCAGAAAUUCCAUGGGACGUGGCAAAAUAAUUUCACCUCAAUCCUACCACUAGUCAUCAUUGAAUUCUGUUAAACUGUGGUCACACCUUACUGGAUAGCUCGAACGGACGCCGAACGGAUGAAAAAAAAAGUUUUCCGUUGACAAAAUUGUUAUCCGUUGGGAGUCCGUUGGUGUACUGACCAAAUAAAACGGACGCGUAAUGAAUGCCUAAAAGGACACACACAGGGUAUGCAACAUACGAGAAACGGAAACGUACCGGACAGAACGAAUGUCGAACGUACAUCCAACGGACGAGUACCGCAUAAAACGGACACAUAACAGAAGCGUACCGGAUAAAACAGAUGAACAAGAUAAGCGGAAAAUUAAAGGCGGCAAUAAUAAUACAUACAACUGCGUCGUCUUUCAGGACUAAGCCAUGAUCUUGUCCACCAUCUUCUUUGUCUUCUCCUUCUACUCCUUUCGACAGCUAGUAGGUUUUUAUUUGCAACAUUUAAGUUCAGUCUGGCCUGAAUAAGAGUUGCUUGAUAG